UAUUAUUUAUAUCGUCGCAUCCCCUCAUACCUUGCAGUUGCAUUUACGCUGCACAUACCAUCCAGCGAUCUCCCAUCGAACUAACUGCGCCUUGACUCCUCUACGCUCCGAUAGGACCAUCAUUGCCUCCCAAACGCCCCCACGCACUAGGCGAGUCACCCUGCUUCCUCUCUGCUUCCUCUGGUCCGGAGUGGGUCAGUGUGCCAGGACGUGCCAGGACGUGCCAACGCCUGGGGAGUUACGAAGCAUUACAUACUACAGGCACGAGUACUCUGGCAGGAACUGGAAAGUGCUGCUAAUUUAGUCUCGGGCGCUGAACGACGCAGCGGCUGGUGAAGCGGCGGUUGUUGGGGAUUCAUGAGGAGCCGUAUCGAAGUCUGCGAGUGGUUAGUUGGUGCCCUCGUUGGUCGAAGAGGCGUGUGAUAUCCCAUAGUACCACCAGAAGGCGCCGAAACAGCCAUCAGAUCCGGACCAUUCAAGGUGCCACCAAUCCACAGACGCCCACCCACUGGUCUGGGCUACGCAUAUCUCACCUAUUGCCACCACUCAGGCUUUGCCGCAAGUAACUAGGUGUCAGACAUUUCACUAUGCCUAAACCACUCAACGAGAGAUUGGCAGAGGGCCAACCUGCUGCGGCACCAUCAAAACCAGAUGCUCCAAGGCAGUACACCGAAGAGCAACGCAAGCCGCUCGCCUCUCACGCUCCUGAUAUUGAGCAGGGCAUCACAUUCGCGGCGCAGGACUCGCUACCCAAGCUCCCGAUUCCCGAGCUCGAGAACUCAAUCGCCAAGUACCUGGCUGCGCUGAAGCCGCUGCAGCCGCCAGGGGAGCAUGCCGAGACUCAGCAGGCGGCGGAGGAGUUCCUGAAGGGGGACGGGCCGGAACUGAAUGAGAAGCUGAAGAAGUAUGCGAAUGGAAAGACGAGUUAUAUUGAGCAGUUUUGGUAUGAUUCGUAUCUGAACUAUGACAACCCGGUCGUGCUCAACCUUAAUCCGUUCUUCUUGCUAGAGGAUGACCCGACGCCAGCUCGUAACAACCAGGUUACGAGAGCUGCAUCGUUGGUUGUAUCAGCGUUGUCGUUUGUGAGAGCGGUUAGGAGGGAAGAACUGCCGCCAGAUACUAUCAAGGGCCAGCCUUUGUGCAUGUACCAGUACUCGAGGUUGUUUGGUACAGCUCGGAUUCCGACUGAUCACGGCUGUCACAUCGGCCAGGACCCUGACUCCCAGCACAUUGUGGUACUCUGCCACGGUCAAUUCUACUGGUUCGAUGUUCUGGACGAGAACUCUGAUCAUGUGAUGAGCGAGAAGGACAUUGCCAUCAACCUCCAAACGAUCGUCGAUGAUGCUCAGCAGACACCAAUUCAAGAAGCCGCCAAAAGCGCUAUCGGCGUCCUCAGCACCGAGAACCGCAAGGUGUGGGCUGGGCUGAGAGAAGUUCUUACCCGCGACGAGGGAUCCAACAACGCCGAUUGCCUUAGCAUCGUAGACUCCGCCCUGUUCAUCGUCUGCCUCGACUAUGCCGCCCCCUCCAACGCCCCAGAUCUCUGCGGAAACAUGCUUUGCGGCACGUCUAAAAUCGAGAAGGGCAUCCAGAUCGGAACCUGCACGAACCGCUGGUACGAUAAACUACAAAUCAUCGUCUGUGCCAACGGCUCAGCAGGUAUCAACUUCGAACACACCGGUGUGGACGGCCACACCGUCCUCCGCUUCGCCUCCGACGUCUACACCGACACCAUCCUCCGCUUCGCACGAACCAUCAACGGCCAAGCCCCCUCCCUCUGGGCCUCCACCUCCCCCGACCCCUCCAAGCGGGACCCAAAAUCCUUCGGCCCCGUCUCCACCACCCCCCGCAAACUCGAAUGGGUCAUGACCUCCGAACUCAGCAUCGCCGUUCGCUUCGCCGAAACUCGCCUGGCGGACCUCAUCCAGCAGAACGAGUUCCAGACCCUCGACUUCGCAGCAUACGGAAAGAACUUCAUGACUUCCAUGGGUUUCUCCCCUGACGCUUUCGUACAGAUGGCGUUUCAAGCUGCGUACUAUGGCCUCUACGGCCGCUCGGAAUGCACAUACGAGCCUGCGAUGACUAAGGUAUACCUCCACGGCCGCACAGAGGCCAUCCGCUCCGUCACCCCCGAGUCCCUCGCCUUCGUCCAAGAAUUCUGGAGCGAGCUCAAGCCAGCACGCAAAGUCGAGGCCCUCCGCCGCGCUUGCCAGGCCCACACCGCUCAAACACGCGAGUGCGCCAAGGCCCAGGGAUGCGAUAGACAUCUCUACGCCCUAUUCAGCGUGUGGCAGCGCGGCCUGGAUGAGGAUGGCGCUGAAGCUGCGUCGAGUAAUGGAGAUGGGUAUUCCAGCCGGGGAGCGAGUAGUCCGGAUCCGCUCUCUAGCCCGUCACUGAGCGCUCAGAGCGAUGAUGGCAAGCCCCAACGUAUUCGCUCGAGUAGCUCGCCCGGCCCGAGCCCGGCGCGUCUUAACGCCCUACCGAGCUUGUUCGCGGACCACGGAUGGGAUAGGUUGAAUAGCACUAUCCUGUCGACCUCGAACUGCGGUAACCCCUCCCUUCGACACUUUGGCUUUGGCCCCACCAGCGGCGACGGAUUUGGGAUAGGGUAUAUCAUCAAAGACGAGGGGAUCAGUAUUUGUGCAUCCUCGAAGCAUAGGCAGACGAAGAGGUUCGUGGAUGCGCUUGAGAGCUACCUGGUCGAGAUUCGCCGGAUGUUGAGGGCUGUUGGGGGUCGGGAUGGUAGUCCGGCGUCGAGUCGGGUGAGGGAGAGGUAUAGGGGUGUUGGGGAGGGGAAGAUGAAGAGGGGGAGGCCGAUUAGGAGUGAGGGGGUGCCGAAGGCGGCGAGUGUGGAUAGUAGGGUUGGGAGUGAUGAUGAUGAUUUGGGGGGAUAUGGUUUCUUUGAUGCGGGUAUGCUACUCCAAGCGCUGCAAGCGCGCACAGGCAGUCUUGAGAACACGGUCCUAGCUGCGGUUGAGAAAGCGAUACCGAGGCGGAGGGAGGUGGGGAAGAAGCUGCGGUUGAGUGAGUAUUAG